AUGCGAACGAAACGCUAUGCGGCUGAACGACAGCUACGAGCAGAACAAAACAAGGAAUACGAGGAAUCACUUAAGGUCGAUCGUGCCAAGAGGACGGCUAAACUCGAGAAAGAGCGCUUGACACGGGAAUGGGCUCUUCGAAGGCAGCAGCGCUAUUUUGUGAUUUCUUGCUAUCGUGCAACGUUGCGUGAAGAGAAUUACCGAUGCGACAAGCAAGAUAGAAUCACGAUACAGUUCCGUUUCCCGAAUGGUGCCCGAAAAAUUCACUCGUUUUCUCCCCACGAUCCAAUCGAGAGACUCUUCGAAGCUGCUCAUCUCCACGAAUCUUGUCCAAUUUUCUUUCAACUGUUCAUCUAUCCGAGAAAGGAGAUUGAUUCUCUACCCGAAUGGUUUCGAACUAUAAUGGCUCAUCACUUGGCUGAUGUGAUUGGGAAAGAAACCUCAAUCGAACAGCUAUCGAACGGGAAUUUAAGUCCUGAAGCUUCUCACCCAAUCACUCCAUGGUUACGAACUUUUCAAGAAGUUGGCCUUGAAAAUCUGACUCUAGUACUUGUGCAGAACGUUGAU